AUGGAUAAUCAGGAGUUAACUUAAAAGUUAAACUAACUCAACAAUGAAAAUGAAAACACAGAGUCUAGUUAAUCUUCAAGAGUUUUAUUGCUAAUUUUUGAUGCUAUUGAAAACUUUGAAUAUAAAUAUUACAAAAUAGCAGGCUGUUUAUAUGUAAUUAUAGUAUCAGCUGUUCUUACAUUCAUAUUGACAAUGAGAGAUAAACAUUUUAGUACAUUACCAAACUUAGAGCUAAUAUUUAUUUCUGUAUUGCUCAUGUUUUGUGCAAAUUUUAAAAUGAUUAGUCAAAGCAACAUUCUUCCAUACAUAUAAGAAAAUGGUUUAAAUUGGAAAGUGAAACAUGCAUCACUCUCUUUAAUCAUUGCUUUAGUACUUUUGAUCUGUUCUUUGAAAUAGAAUGAUAGAUUUGUCUCCGUAUUCUUCUUUGUAAGUGUGUGGCCUUUGAAUUACGUUUACGAAAACCUUAGAUAUAAAUAGGAAUUAAGAAAAGAACUUCUCUUACCUCUUUGUGGCAUAUUUAUUGGGGCUGCAUUCUCUACAGAGACCCUUUAAAAAUUGGCUUCUAAUCCAGAGGCCUUAUAACUUAAUGGAAUAAUAUAUUCUAUUGUAGGAGGAUUGUUCUUAUGCUACUCAGCAGAUUGCUUUAAGAAAGUGGAUAGUGAAAAUCUUUUUACAAUCACUCAUGUUAUAGGAUUGAUGACGGUGAUUUUCGUUCCGUUAUUCUUCCCAAUUGAAGGUCUUUUAUAACCAGGUUUGAUGGAGUGGAUAUUUUUUGCGAUUGUAGGAGUUCUCCUGAUAGUGGGCCUUCCAAUAAUGAUAAGGACAUUUGCAAUUGAGACUGCAACUAUCAUUUUAGCAUAAUUGGGUUGGUGUUUUCCCUUCUACAUAUUCUUUAAGUUUCUUUUCGGAUUAUAAAUCCCAUCAUUUGGACAACUUUGUGGAAUUGGAGUGUAAAGCUUAUGCUCAAUAUUGAUAAUUAAGUAUCUGAAUCAAUAAGAGAACAAAACCUAGAAAUUACUAUAGAAAGGAUAGUCUGAAGCCAAUAAAGUAGUUGAACUACAAACCCUCACCUAAUAAGCAUGAAAAUUUAUAUAAGUUUGUUGCAUAAGAAUUUAUUAUCAA